GACUAAUGCUCCUAGGAUGCGCGUUAUCACAACAUCCCCGCGUCCACGUCGAUCCUCUACUCCCAAACACAGGACAGCCUGGCGCAAGGAUUUCGCAGCACAGCACAGCCUCUGGAGCGCAAACAUCCCACAACACCCGACAUGCGCUGAACACCCUCACGCCGGGUCUUUCGUUGGCCCCACCACAAUGCCUCACCAUCCUGAGCCCCGCUUCACAUGCACCAUCCCUUCGAUCCACGACGACACGACCCUGAACUGCCGUGUAUACCACCCGGACAUACUCUCGAGGCCGCGGUCAGGAGACUCGCAGGAGCGACAGCAAUGGCGGAAUAGGGGGAUUGUGAUAGCGCAUCCGUACGCGCCCAUGGGCGGCUCCUACGAUGACCGCGUGGUGGGGAUCGUGGUGGACGAGUUUCUGAAGCGAGGCUGGAUGGUAGGGACGUUCAAUUUCAGAGGCGCACAUGGCUCCAAAGGCCGCACGAGCUGGUCCGGCCGCCCCGAGCUCGACGACUACAUCUCCUUCGCCGCCUUCUUCAUGCACUACCUGUCCUACCUACACCCGCUCCCAGCGUCCGACGCCGUCUUCACCCCCGACCAGUCCCCAGUAUCCCAGAAGCAGAGCUCUGCCGACCUCUCGCGCUCGCCAACAGAGCAGAGUCCCGUACUAGUCCUAGCUGGAUACUCCUACGGCUCCCUCAUCCUCAAGCACCUCCCGCCCGUUCCGUCGAUUCUGCAGCCCUUCGCCAAUCCCGCCAGCGGCUCCGCAGCCGACGAGAUACUGCUGCGCGCGCACAAGCUCGCUGACGAAAGCAACCUCGAGUGGAUCAACGCCGCGCGGGACAACGAGCGGCAGAAGCGCAGCAGGGGGCAUGAGGGCAAGCUCUCAGUGACAGUGGGCGGCGAGGAGACGAGCCCCGAGAAGAGGAGGAGUAGUAGGGAAAUAAGGCGGAGUCUUGAUGGGAGGAGGAGUCUGGAUCUGAGCGGCAGGUUGCGGAGUUUGAGCCAUCGGCGGCGGAAGGAGGGACUGCCUCAGACACCGACUGAAAGUUCUACGGCGAGCUUGACCAUCACGGUGCCAGACGUGAAGUAUCUUCUGAUAUCGCCGCUCAUGCCGCCUGUAUCGACGCUUGCGGCGCCGGUGCUGGGGUAUAAGUUCUGGAAUAAGUCGCAUGGCGUUUGCCAGGAGGUUGUUGCGAAGCAUGUCUCCCUGGCGAUAUUUGGAGACCAUGACAUCUUCACGUCGGCGAAGAAAGUGCGGGAUUGGGCGGAGAGGCUGAAGAGCGAAUCUGGAUCCCGGUUCUCGAGUGUUGAGAUCGCCGGGGCGGGACAUUUCUGGCACGAGCAUGGGGCUGAAGAGAAGCUGAGGACGGCUUUGAGAGAGUGGGAGGCUCAGGUACGAUGACGAGCGUCUAUGUUUGUGUCCCUCCUUUCUUGGUGUGUUGUAUACCCCUUUUUGCAGAUGUGGCGCUAUAGAGCAAUGCCUGGUUGAUACAUUUGACCGUGAUAGAGAUUCCCAGGUCACAGAUCGCAUACGGCUCAUUCUUUCCAUUCGAGGAAGUCCUUGAAGGCAGUUCUAAGUCAUCCUAAGCUUAUCUUAAGCUAGCAGUUUAAGAUCAGCACAUUAUAGCUGUGCAGUAAUUCGAAAGACGUAAUGAAACGAGGGGCUACCUUGAAAGAAU